AUGUCUCUUCUCCAACUACCCACUCAAUUAACUUCUCUAACAGCAUCUGCCUCUAUCAAAAUGAACAACAACUUCUCCAACAACCCACCAAACUACGAUCUCAACAGCCUACCCACCCUCAACAACGGUAUGGACCACCCCCUCUACACAACCUUCAACUACUGCAUCGUCUUCUCCAACCUCCCCGACCAGCCCUGGCCAUCCUACAACCUCCUGCAACAAUGCCUCGACAAGGUCCGCGCGCGCGACGCAAAAAUCUACUCCUCCAUCGACGCGAUCCAGCGCUACGACGGCGCCAAAACGGGGGAUCUCAUUCUGUCGUUUACGGCCGCGGCGGCGACGGAUGGGGUCAUUUGGACGAGUGCCGAGGGGGCCAUUCUGCAUCAGAUGAGGUUUUGGGAUCGGGAUCGGAGGAUGGAAGGGUGGGCGCUAGUGGGGAGUUUGGGCUUGCGCGUUCUUUAA